UUCGCGGCGGGUCGUACAAAAACGUCCGUGAAAAUAGUUUUCUGACUUAAAAACACUGAAAUAUCGCCAUGGAACACGAAGAUAUAUCCAGUAUGAUGAGUGAAUUAGAGACGGGUGAUAUUAGCACCUCUCUGGCGACUGAUUUGUCAAUAUCGGCAGAGGACGAGUCUGAAACAGAGAGGAGAAAAGACCGUAGAGGAAUUCACAAGCAAAGACAAGUCAAAGUGACCAAACAACUGAUUGAGCGAAAACAAAUGAUGCAUGAUCUCCAGUUGAUGAAGAUUGAACUCUCUCAGAAAAACCUCAUUAUCGACAAUUUGAAGACGGAGAAUGCUGGCAAAGUGGAGGAGCUGGAGGAACGUCUGGCAGACAUAUCUCAUCAAAAACACAUCUUACAGGCAAACCUAGAGGCCCAGCUUAACAUUCAUAAGCAAGAUUCACGUCAUCGUCAGCAACAUUUACAAUCUGAGCUAGAAAACAUUGCUAAGCGUCAACAACAACUAGAGAGAACUAAUGCUGAACUACAGCAACGAGCAGGUGAUGUACGAAGCGUCUUACGUGACUUGGAGUUGACGGAGACUGACUACAUGGAAUUGAGGGCACGGUCUGAGGAGGAACUUUCAUUACGGGAUUAUGUGGCACUGAAAUUGUUUGAUAAAGUGCGCCCUCUACAGAUUGAAUUAACUGAUCUUAGAGGGUGGAACAGCACCCUGGAGCAACAAGUCAAUUCAUACAAAGAGGACCUAUCACAAUUACAACAGACGUUAGCGUUGGAGCACAAGACUAGAAGCGAGUUAGAAGGAAAGUGCCAGAGAUUGACCCUUGACCUUGCAGAGACUAAAUCCUCCAUCCAGCAAAGUGAUUACAAGAGAGAGAAUUACGACAGAGUCAAAAGUGAGAGAGAUCGCUUAGAGCACGAUUACAUGGAGCUGAAGAAACAACAUACGUACAUGGAUGUAGCUUAUAAAAACUGUCUGAGUGAGAAGGAAGAUAUCGCUAAACAGCUAUCAACAAUUAAUCAGGAACUGUCCCUUCUAAGACAAGAUAAAGAUUACCUUCAGAGGCAACUGAAUGAUGUCACCAGCAAAUAUGAUCAUUCUGAUAGUCGUCUUAAAGACACAUCAACAGAUCUAGAGAAUGCUAAGAGAUCAAGAGAAGAGUUGUAUGACAAAUAUGUAGAGUCAAGGGAUCAAUACAAGGCCGAGUAUGAAAGCAAACUGCGUCAAGAAUUGGAAGCCAUUCGACUUCGGACUGACACUGAGGUAGACAAACUGAGGACUACUACAAGGGACAUGUUUGAAAGAGAAAACAGGAAUCUUCGUGAAAAUCGUGAUACCGCACUAUCAGAGAAGGAGAGAGCUGUGGCUGCGGAAAAGGAAUGCAGCGCCAAGUAUGAACAACUUCUUACUGACUUGCGGCAACUCCAGAUGACAUCAGACACUAAGACAUCCGAGCUACUUGGAGAGGCUCGGAUGCAGAAGUUUGAAGCUGAGAGAGCACACAUGCUUCAUGAAGAGACACUUCAGAACUUAGAGAAGACACAAGUGGAGUUAGAGAAACACCGCAAGAAAAUACAGGUUUUAACCAAGGAAUAUUACAGCAUACAGACAUCCUCUGAUCGCAAAGCUACUGAACUAGAAGCUCAGGUAUCUGAGCUGCGAGCUAAGCUAGAUAUCUAUGAGAAGCUAGAGACAGAGUUAGAUGAUGUUGUUAUGCAAGCAGCAGAGAAUGUGAAUGGUGAGGAGGCAGAGAGGGUGUUAUUCUCUUAUGGCUAUGGUGCUAAUGUUCCAUCUACAGCUAAACGAAGGCUUCAACACAGUGUUCAUUUAGCAAGACGUGUACUCCAGCUUGAAAGAAUCAACACAUCAUUGAAGAAGGAGUUAGAUAGUAACAAGACACAAAUGCAUCAACUUGGAGAAGAGCUGUCCGGCGCCACAUCACUGCUAGAUCAAGCCCAGCAGCCAUAUAACUAUCUAAUAGAGAGUAUUCGCAGUAGAGAUAAACAGAUACAGAAACAUAAGAGUCAUAUUGCAACUGUAGAAGAAGAUAUUAGACGAUUGAAGGAAGAAAGGAAUGAGUUACAUCAAUCCAGGAAUCAGAUGUCAGCUGAUCUAGAGAGACUUCUAAACCAGAGAGAGGAAAUGGCAGUUAUGAAACAAGUUGUGUUGAAUAUCAGCCAGCGCCAGCAUCCUGGUGUCUCUAGUUCACAUCCUGGUGCAGUACAUAUUGAGAAACUACCUAGUCCUACAAGGAGGGCGUAUGCAUCUACUAGCAAACAAGCAACAAGACACAGCAAGGCAGACAUUGGAGAUAUCAGUAAACCAGCUCCAACAAUCUUUACAUCUACAGAUCCUCCACGGUGGUAUAAUAAGCUGAAGGAAGAGAAUGCAGCUCAGCAAAGUCGUUACUCUACUGUCUAUGCAACAGGGACAUGAUAGAACCUUCGAGAGAUGCCUGGCGCAACUGAACGAAACAACAUCAACAUGCUUCCAAGCAACAGUAAUUAGGUUUACUUUUGUUGUUCCUGACCUACAUAAGUUGUUCUUUGUUGUUUCAUCCAGUUGUUGUCCCAAGUUGUUUAUUCCCCUGCAUGCUCCUCUUCUAUUCAGUCAUUGUUUUUGCUCAUCUAGUUGCCCUCCUCAUCAUGUUCUGCUUUUGUAUAAUUAUUGUGUGCUGUUUCUUGAAUAAUUAUUGUGUUCUUUACUAUUUUGAUUGGUCUGUUGUGUUAUCGUUUCACUUUUACUGUGCCUUUUGAUGUACUUGAUAAAACCUCUGAGAACUGUCACAACAGAGCAAUACUUUCUGAUGCGAUACCAAAGACCUCCCGAAUACACCCCAUUACUAAAUCAUUGUUUCUCAUUGUUUCCCAUUGUUGUCAUUACAUUUCCAGAACUUAUUACUUUCAUCAGGGGCUAUAUUAAACUUAGCCCCCCCCCCACCCUCCCAAGGGUUUGAAUGCAUGUGCAAUCAAUAUUAGCUUUGAUUCAAGUUCUAGGUCUGAAAGAAUAUUUUCUUGUUUUUUGUCUGUUGUUUUAUAUUUAUUUUGAAUUGAACAAAGAAAAAUUGACUAGAACAAUAUUUUGAACCAGCAACACCGGUUUAAGGGCACUGGACACCUUUGGUAAUUGUCAAAGACCAGUCUUCUCACUUACGCUAUCUUAACAUAAUGCAU